UUUAAAAUUCUCAUUUAUUAUAUUCACAACAAGCAGCGGGGACAGCUACAAAAUAUUUCAAAAACAAUGUCGGAGGAUAACAACAAGCAAGUCACGUUUGCGAUGCAGACAUUUGAGCGCAUCCACCCAGUAGAGUUCCAGCGCCGGUUCCUCACGCAGCAAACACGGCACUCUGGUCGCUCAUUCUCACAGUUCCGCGCGCCUCUCGUCGUUCAGGGUACAAUUAGCACAGCACAGGGAUCUGCAACCGUGCGCCUGGGCAACACCACCAUGGUGUGUGGCAUUAAGGCCACCGUUUGCGAGCCCGAUGUCCGCCGCCCCACCCACGGAUACCUCACUACCAAUGUGGAGCUCUCGCCCAUCGAGGAGGCCCAAGUGGCCAGCGAGCACAUUCACAGGCUGGUUACUUCAUCCGUUGAUCUCGGCUCUCUUUGCAUCGAGGAGGACAAGGUUGUCUGGUCAUUGGCCGCAGAUAUAGUCUGCUUGAAAUACGACGGGAAUGCCUUGGACGCAGCAAUUAUUGCCCUGGAGGCUGCGUUGCGUGAUUUGAAGCUGCCCCUGGUGGAGAUUGAUCAGGCCUCAGGGCUUGUUCAGGUUGCAGAGGGUGAGGGCAAGCAGCUGGUUCUGAAGCGGAGACUGUACCCUGCCACCUUCUCGUUGAUUGAUGAUCAGUAUCUGGUCGCAGAUGCAGACGAUUCGGAGGAGCAGAUGAAGACGGCUGAGUUGCUGGUUGUUUUGGAUGAUGCCGGUCGGCUGGCCAAUGUGUGGAAGCGUGGCGCGGGUGUCAUUUCUCAGGAAACAAUUGUUCGAUGCGUUGAGGCUGCAGCGGAGCGCAUGAGCGAGAUUGUACAGGCGACAAAAGCGUAGAAAAAUAAAUUGAACGGAUAUUUUAUUCUUGUGAACUUUUUUUAUUUUAUAAAAAAAAAAUUCAUUUAAGGAUUGUUAAUCGUGUGACU